UCCUGCAACUGAUUCGGACAUCUUGAAAUGUUGUAUGCUUUGCUAUUCAAAGACGGAUGCCCAUGAAUGCAGACACAAUGGAAGCUUUCAAACAAACCCAUUUGCGUCAAAAUCGUGAGCUUGUACGAGCGAAUGCCAUAUACACUCAACACAUUCAAAGACUUGAAAAAGAAGUCAUCUCCUUGCGGAACGAAAACCUUCAACUACGACAGGAACUUCUGUCGCUCACUCACCGUGCUGCACCUGUUCAGCCCCUCAUUCCAGAUUCUCCACCCUCACCGUCAUUAUCGCCAUCCCCCAGCUCGCCAACGUCACCGUCACCGUCACCGUCACCUUCGCCGUCCCAAUCUGUUCCGUCGAAUAGUUCAUCAAGUCAUUUGCUACUAACAUCCGUGACGACACCGCAAGUUGUCAUUGAGGCUCUCGAUAUAUCGACCGACUAUCCAUCAAAAUCAGCUUUAAAAGUGGAUCGAGCAAGCGAAAAGAUGGAUAUCGAAUUUAAUCCAGUUACCGAACAAGAGUCGCUGCCAAUGAUAUCUUCCCGUCGGCGUCAAAAGCAUCGAAUAUGUUAUACUUUGCCGAGUGUGAAGCAAAAGUUGAGAAAGGGGGAUAAGUUCACAUUUGGAAACGAAGAAUAGAAUGGGGGAAAUAUCAGUUAAAUAUAGGG